AUGGCUUCAGCCAACGUGAAUGCAUCCAUGACACAUCCCGCUUGGAAAAUUCGCUCCGUUUCCCUCAGAUUGUCUGGUAGACUCUCCACGAAACGCUCCAGUAAUAAUUCCGAGCGAGCGGAGUCGUUCAAAGUUGGCAGNUGGCAGCGCUGGAUCCAACAGGGCGCUCAGGGCCACGGCGUACGACAGAGGAUCCGUCCCAACUCCGAGCUGCGCCGUCUGGAAGCUCCGCAACGUCACCUGGCGGUCGGCCAGGGUGUCAAAACCCGCGAUCAGGGUGUCGGCACAAUUCAUCUUCUCCGGGCCUCUUCGCACCGCAUCCAACACCGCCCGUGCCCGGUCCUUGAGAAGCGCUCAGAGGGCCGUCAACUUAUCCCGCUCUGA